UAAUUAUUAUAUUGUUGGGACAUUGUAGUGUUCCUCGUUUCUUAUUUUUUUUUACGUUGAACUCAUUAAAAUCGACCAGUUUUAAAAUGAAUAGUAAAAAAACAGUUUCUAUAAGUUUAGUCUUUUUGAUCAUAGUUUUUGUAAAGUCACAAUCUACAUAUAAAGCAGCUGUUGUAGAAUUCUCACCACGAAUUUCCGCAUAUAAUCCCCAAGAUUUACUUUUAGAAAACGCAGCAUUUUAUGUUGAUUACAUUGAAAACGCAGCUGAAUUGGGCGUCGAAAUUAUAGUUUUUCCUGAAGAUGGUCUAACAGGCUUAAAUAUAUGGACAGCAGAUGUAACAUUUGAAUCAAUUGCAAAAUACAGCACAUUCGUACCUGAAAUUAAAGACGAAAUCGCACCUUGCGAUUAUAGCAGUGUAAAUUAUUACGCUAAGGCGCUAAUUGAUCUCUCCUGCUCCGCUAGGACCAACGGUAUUUAUACUGUAAUAAACGUGUUAGAAAAGUCAUUCUCUUCCGAUAAUUCAACGUUUUUAUAUAACACUGAUGUUGUCUUUGAUAGAAAUGGAGUUGUAAUUGCCAAAUAUCGUAAGGUUAACUUAUUUAAUGAGGCUUUUGUUACUCCUGGAAAUACAACUGUGACUUUCCAAACAGAUUUCGGUGUUACGUUUGCUAUUUUCACUUGUUUUGAUAUACUCUUUAAAAACCCAUCCGUAGAUGUUCUUACUGAUACCAUCUCAGAUGUAAUAUAUCCGGUUGCUUGGUUCUCCGAAGUACCAUUCUUGCAGGGUAAGUGGUAUAUGAACUUUUUUUUUUAAUUAGCUAGUCUUUUUUCUAGAGAUUAGUUUAAUUUUUUAUACG